AACAAUCGCGCAUAUUCAACUUCCGCAUUUAGACGAGCAACCGGAGCUACACUUUGACGCUGGAAAGUGAUCGCAGUCUACGUAAAAUUCACUCAUUGAAAGGGUAAUCAACUUAAAUAUAAAUGGCGUCCCAGAAUUUGGAUCCUGCUCUGGCCGCUGCAGCAGCAAGAAGAAAAGACAAAUCUUGCGAUUCACCAAACAAAAAAGAUGGGCAUUCCGUCAGUACGAGAUUGCAAAAAGAACUGAUGAGUCUUAUGAUGAAAUGUAGUGGCAAAGGAAUCUCAGCUUUUCCAGAAGAUGACAACAUAUUCAAAUGGAUUGGGACAAUAGAGGGGCCUGCAGAAUCGGUUUAUGAAUCUCUGAAGUACAAGCUUUCACUGGAGUUCCCAUCUCGUUACCCUCACGUCGCUCCAACAGUCAAGUUUGUCACCCCAAUAUUUCAUCCUAACGUCGACAACGAUGGCAAUAUAUGCUUAGACAUCCUGAAAGAAAAGUGGUCAGCAUUGUACGAUGUCGGCUCACUACUCAUGUCAUUGCAAAUCUUAUUAGGAGAACCCAAUAAUGACAGCCCCCUCAAUGUUCAAGCUGCAGAAUUGUGGACCAACCAAGCUGCCUACAAGAAGACAGUACUAGAAAAAUACCAUAAAGCAACAUCAAAAUGAUUGUGUGGGAUCAUGUGAUUCCUUGUGUGACAGAUUAUAUUUAUUACAGACUAUAACUACUAGCAAGAGUUAACUGUAAAAAUGUACAUACUGUAAAUAAAACAAAAUAAGUCUGCUUCCAAUGUAUUUCUAAAGAGAGACAAUGGUAUACCGGUAGGUACAAAAGUAGUAGAAGCAACACUUCAAGAAUGAGAGAAAACUUAAUCCCAGUGGAAAGACAGAUGCUUUUAUUACAUUUGUUUUUACUGAAAUUAGAUGUGAUACCUGACAAGAGGAUACAGUAUAAUUUUUAAAGUUUAUUUUUAGUUAAAAACAGACUUAGGUUACAAUUGGUAUGUUUUGUAUAACUGCCAGAAUAGAUAUGAUAGAUUUAAACGUAUUGACAAAGCAAUGAUACCUCAAAAGUUUUCUUGGAAUUCUGAAAAAGAGCAGCUGUUUUCUGUAGGAAAUGAGAAACUAUGUUUUUUUCAAAUGUCAUAAUUCAAUAGAAACAGCUUUGCUUUUGUCAUUAUUUAGAGAAAUUUCAGCUACUCUGGGUUUCAGAGUCAUGUUGUAGCCCUUUUGGAGUUAUUUUGCCAACCAGGAGCUGCAAUGUCUUUAAGAUUUUUAGGCAUCAACAAAGAAGUAUAUAACUAUAUGAUUUACACACUCCCAAGAAUAUAGACUUUUUCAUGGCAAAAGUUCAAACAUGCAAAUUACCUAGAAAACAAGGGGGAAAUUACUGUAUUUCUUUGUCUUUAUUUACACACAGAGCAAUAAUGAUCUACCUGAAGGUUAUUCAUUUCUAGCAAUUUACAAUGCACAUAUCUCCUAAUCUCAUCCUCAUUUGAUAUUUUUCUGUUUAAAAAUUGCUUUGUUCAAUUGUUUUGUUUCAAUAUACUUUUGUGCUCGGUCCUUUCAUUGUUAUACAAUGCAGUCAACUCUAAAUAAUACAUGUACUGGUUUUUUUUUUUUUUCAAUUGCGGUAUAAAUCAUGAAGAGUGAAAUUAUACACAAGAGUUGAUUCUCAUUGCUAUUAACUUGUUCAUGUUCAAGGAUACUAUUCAAAUACCUCUGCAUUUUUGUUGGGAGGGGGGAGGGGGGAGGUGGGAUGGGGAAUUGCCAUACUUGUCAAACAUAUAUGUGUUUACUUAGAAACUAUUCUUUAACAAUUUGUUAGUUUUUAAAACAUGGCUUUAAAAAAUUAUGUGUCAGAUUUGUAUUUCAUCUCAAAUAUUGUCAUGUCAGGGCCGUGUUGCAUAAAACUUACCAUUUAUCAUGGUAACUUUGCCAUCAAUGGCUACUACCAUGGUUACAGGGCUCAACAGCCAAUCAAAAUCAAGGUUUCCAUGGUAGUUACCAUUGAUGGCAAAGUGACCAUUAAUGGUAAGUUUUGUGCAACAGGGACCUGAUCAGUGUAUAUGUACAUGUAUUUGUUUACGUUAGCAACCCUGAAGAACUUAUCUACCACGAUCUGUUUCCAAGCACCAACGAUAUAUUCAAGCAAUGGAUGCAGCUCCUCAUAUUGCUGCCUAUAAUAUGGUCAUUCAUGUUGGCUGUAUGCCAAGGGGAUGUGUAUACUAUAGUACGUGUCCAUGGUAAACAACUGAAUAUGUGUGUGAGUGUCAUUUUAUAAUGUUUUUAUAUGUACAAGUAAGCAUUCAAUAAAAAUGUUGAAAUAAAAAA